AUGACUUCUCACCUGAGGAUCCAGUCCAGCUACGGACCAGUACCAGCAAAGGCUGUCUACCAAACCACAUCUCCGUCGCUGCCACCCGCCAAGAAGCAGAAGAUGUCUCUCACUCAAACAUACUAUGUUGCUUCGACUGCACGAACGAAGCUUGGCCGCGAAGCACAACGAUCAGACCACAACCUGAGGCUCCUGGUCGGCCACGCCAACCUCCUUGACACCCUGAUGGUCGAGCUCGCCGAUGCAGAGAGGGAACAGGAAGCAUGGUUCAACCAAUCCGUAAAGACAGCAUCGAAGCCACAAGAACGACACGUUCAGUGGAUAGAUUCGAUCGCAGAGGAAGACGACGAGGAGGAUAGCGAUAUGGAUAGCGAUGACGGCUCCGAGCUGUACGACGAAGAUGAGGAGAUCGAGAUGUUCAACAUCCCACUUCGCAAAAUGCGCUCACCUCCAGUGGAGAUCACGUCCCAAGAAAUCGAACUCGACGCCGAGUAUGAAGACGACGAUUUUGAUGAUGAGCUCACACUCACUCGCGUGGCAUCACAACACUCUCCACCAGCGAGUCACUGUCCUUCAUUAAUCGAGGACUCAGACUCGGAGUCAGACGAUGAAUCAAUGCCAGCAUCGCCAGAGCAACCCACAUUCGAGCUCAGCGAGAAGGAACGAGAAGCAAUCACAACGACAGCCUUCUACGACAUCAAGUCACAACAAGGCAUCGAAGACUACAUCAUGUCACAACCUCAGCAACCGCUGGUAGCAGCCUGCUGA